UAGAUAUUUAGAAAGUCUAAAUACACGUUUUUUAAUUUAAUUGUUUUUUCACUUGGCGGUGAGACGUUCCAGAACAGGUGCACUAUGUACACGAAGUUGAGGAGAGGCAGCACAGCGUCACCUGUCGACGAUCGCGUGCAAAAUGGCCGCGUCUGUCAAAAAUACGUUGCACUGACAGGAGCAAACGCUACGGGAUACAUUACAUAAAUAUAAAGCGAAGCAGGUGCAGAUGGUUUAUAUAAUCAUAGAUAACAGUGAAUGAAGAUGUAAACAAGAAUGUUGCAACGAAAGUAGAGAAUUUGAAACUUCUCAUCUUUAAUACAAGUAUGGAAAAGAGAGGCAGUGCAGAACUUCUGGGUACAGAACAAAGCAAUUCGAAGAAUGCCAGUUCAGAUUCUCUCAACUCAGACAGCAAGAGCAGUUCGCUUAAUUCAAAAAUGGGCCAGGAAUCGGAGAGUUGGGAAAAAGCUUCACAUUCAAAAAGUUUUUCUUCAAGCUCCACUUCAACAGAUAAUAAUAUAGUCUCUGCUUUAGAGGCUAAAAAAGAUAAUCAAGUAAAAAAUUUGUCUGGAGGAGAUACGGGACCACCACUCUUGAAUGGAGAACGAGUGCAAGGCAUUGCACAUGAAGUUACCUAUUUGUGUCCUUAUUCGGGGCCUGCUAGAGGGAUCCUUAGUGUUACAAAUUACAAGCUUCAUUUUCGUAGUAUAGAUCGAGAAACGCCUUAUGUCGUCGAAGUGCCGUUGGGGGUCGUUAGUCGAAUUGAAAAAGUCGGCGGUGCAUCGAGUAGAGGAGAAAAUUCUUAUGGAAUCGAGGUGUUUUGUAAAGAUAUGAGGAAUCUCAGAUUUGCUCAUAAACAGGAAAACCAUUCCAGACGAGACGUAUUUGAAAAACUACAACAGUAUUCUUUUCCAUUAUCUCACAAGUUACCUCUUUUUGCCUUUGAAUACUCUGAGACUUUUUCUGAAAAUGGUUGGAACGUUUACGAACCUAUUGCAGAAUUAAAAAGAAUGGGUGUAAAUAACGAUAUGUGGAAAAUAUCAAAAAUCAAUGAUACGUAUUCGCUAUGCGACAGUUAUCCAGCUGUCUGGGCAGUACCUGCUGCAGCAACCGACGAGGAUCUUCAAGCCUCUGCGUCUUUUAGAAGUAGAGGUAGACUUCCGGUUCUCUCAUGGAUUCAUCCAGAAAGCCAAGCGACGAUAACUCGUUGUGCUCAGCCAUUAGUUGGUGUUGGCGGCAAACGAAGUCGCGAGGACGAGAGAUAUGUGCAAUUGAUAAUGGAUGCUAACGCACAAAGUCAUAAACUCUUUAUAAUGGAUGCGCGACCGAUGCCAAACGCGAUAGCGAAUAAAGCGAAAGGUGGUGGAUACGAAAGCGAAGAUGCUUAUCAGAAUGCAGAAUUAGUCUUUCUCGAUAUUCACAAUAUACAUGUCAUGAGAGAAAGUCUCAGAAAAUUAAAAGAAUUAUGUUUCCCCACAAUUGACGAGGCUCGAUGGCUGUCAGGUAUAGAAUCAACAAUGUGGCUUAAGCAUAUCAAAUGUGUUCUUGCUGGAGCUGUAAGAAUUGUGGACAAAGUUGAAAAUCAUAAAACUUCAGUCCUAGUCCACUGUUCUGACGGUUGGGACCGAACAGCACAACUUACAGCUCUCGCGAUGUUAAUGUUAGAUCCGUAUUAUAGAACCGUCAAAGGAUUUGAGGUUUUAAUAGAAAAAGAAUGGCUUAGCUUUGGACAUAAAUUUCAACAGAGGAUAGGCCAUGGCGAUGAACAUCAUAGCGAUGCAGAUAGAUCGCCAGUAUUUUUACAAUUUAUCGAUUGCGUUUGGCAAAUAAUGCGACAAUUUCCCAACGCUUUUGAAUUCAACGAACAUUUUUUAAUUACCAUUCUUGAUCAUCUUUACUCUUGUAGAUUUGGCACGUUCUUGUUUAGCAGCGAACGCGAAAGAGUACAAGAACAAGUGAAGCAAAGAACAGUCUCUCUCUGGUCGCAUACCAAUAGUCAAUUACCUCUUUAUCUGAAUCCUCUUUACCGAUCCGGUACGAAUUAUCAGCUUGUUCUAAUGCCAGUUGCUAGUAUGCGAUAUAUUAAACCGUGGAAAAGUUUGUAUUGUAGAUGGAACCCUAGUAUGCGGCAACAGGAUCCUGUCUAUCAAAGAACAAGGGAGCUUCUAGUCUUAAAAGAGCAGCUCGAAAAGCAGCUGGAGGAAGGAAGACGCGAACAGGCCUCACGUGCGAAUCGAGCCAUUACCUCGCCGGCGCCACCCAGAAUACAUUCUCCAGUUCACAUAUAGCGCGCCAUGGGGAACUAUGACUUUAAUAAUUUGUAGUUUUGUAAAUGAGCUGUAAACUCUUGAUCUACUCCUUCGAGUACAAGAUAUUUUGACUGAAAUUUGUGGAUGCUAUGUAUAAUACACCCACUUGAUAAAAACGAAUCUCGAUUCGUGCGCA